UCUCAUAAUCCUAUGACGCAUUCUUGGGGAUUUACUACAUUAUAUUAUUUGUAUAUAAGCAAACGGAGUUGAUUAUCUACCAUCAGUUUAUUGUUUGGUGCCAUACAAGAACGUUGUCAUGAAAAUGUUAUUAAUUGGUGUCGUUACUAUUAUUGCAAGCUGUGUCCCCAUCAGCUUCGCGUUGCCGCCUUGCGUCUGCACUCGAGGUUUCAGCCCAGUUUGUGGUUCUGAUGGCAAUACUUACAAUAACCAAUGUAUACUUGAUUGCGCUGCCACCAAAAAUCCAGACCUCAGUCUCGCUCGAUCGGGCAAAUGCGAUACUCGUGUGAAACGAGAUGAACCUCUACUAUGCCCCUGUAAUGCUAAUCUUGACCCCGUCUGUGGUACAGAUGGCAAGACGUAUGCCAACGAAUGCGUACUCGACUGCGAGAAACAGCAAACCAAUGUUGAGGUUAAAUACCAGGGUCCUUGCAAGGUGAAAAGAGAAGAACCAAUCUGUGCCUGCCCGUUCGAUUACAGUCCGGUCUGUGGUACCGAUGGCGAGACGUAUGCCAACGAAUGCGAACUGGACUGCAAGAAACAGCGAACCAAUGUUGAGGUUAAAUACCAGGGUCCUUGCAAGGUAAAAAGAGAAGAACCAAUCUGUGCCUGCACGUUCGAUUACAGUCCCGUCUGUGGUACCGAUGGUCAAGGGCAAAAAACCUACAGCAACCAAUGUGAGCUCGAAUGCAUUCAGAGGUCCGCGGCCGUAGAGUUAUUAUAUGAAGGCCCAUGCAGAAACAAGAGAGAGGAGAUCCAAGUCGCCCCAGGACCCAUAUGUCUUUGCACUACAGAUUUGAGACCCGUAUGCGCCAAUAAUGGGUUGACAUAUGACAAUCCCUGUUUGUUUAACUGUGCUAAAGAUGCAAGCACGCGGGAGGAGUUGCAUAUCGAGCAUGAGGGUAUAUGUGCCUCGAAACCAGCCGUCAUUGGCGAAGGUGGUCCGCAGUGCUCAUGUCCAAAAGUAACGGAACCUGUUUGCGCCUCUGAUGGUCAAACUUAUUCCAGCGAAUGUAUGAUGAAUUGUGAAGACAAAGAAUUGACGAUCACCAGUCAUGGACCGUGUUAAAAUAUAUCUCAGCAGGGAAGUUGGAGAGUUUUUAGGAUAUUUUUCUACUAAAACGAGAAACCGAGAAAAAUCUGGCCAAUGACUGCAGUCGUACUGGCAAUCCCUGUACUGUAUCUCUCUAUAUGUAUCAUAAGUUGAUAUAAAUUAAAGGUUUUUUUUACAAAAAAUAA